AAAAAAAAAAAAAAAAAAGGUUGUGUAUGGGGCAUCCAGUGCAGAGAUGGGGUGGCAGGCAAAGGGCUCAGAGAUGGGUCAAUUUUAUCUGGAAUGGAUGAUGUUUGAGGUGCUUAUGGGACUUGUGCAGAAGUGGGGGCUGGAGACAGGGUGUGGGAAGCUUGUGAGAGGAGGUGAAAGUGGAAGCCCAAAGCCCAUAGUGCUCAGAGGCAGAGGGAAGUACCAUGGGGUGACCAGAUGAGAUGAGAGCAGUCUGGGUGGAAGCAGCAGCUCAGUAAAGUGCUGACUUGCAGAGGAAAAGAGGAAUAGGUGGGGGGGCCCCUGGUCUCCUCGCCAGUGGUAGCCUUUCUUUUUUCCUCUCCUACCUUGCCAAUUAGUGUUCCCCAAGCUUGGGGCUGGGAGGGGUGACAGCCAGACCAGGGAAGGCUGCAGGUGGCUGCAGCCUGGUCUGUUCCCUGAUUCAACUUUGGCAGGCCCUUCCCUGCUCUACGGGGCAGGUGGUAACUGGUCAGAGCUGCUCUCACCACCACUGCUGAAGGUGGGGUGGAGGGCAGGUGCUCCCUGAUUGUGGGCCAGGGUAUUGGCAGGAGGGCAUGAAAAGAGCCCUUGGAGAUGCAGUCCGUGGUCCUGGGUUCUACCCCAGGAUAUCACCAUCUCCCUGUGUGACUUUGAGCAAGUGCCAUUAUUUCUCUGAGCUUGUUUAUUUAUAAAAAGGGGAAGAAUUGGCACGAGUUUGAAAAUUUCUCAGGCCCCACCCAGUUCUAAAAUUCGGUAAUUUCCCAACUAGGGUGCUCGGGAGGUUACUGGUGAGAAACCAAGAUCAGCGGGAGCCCAUUGGCCCAGUGUAGGCCUGGCAAACCCCUGCCCUCGGGAAGGCCAGAUUGCCCACUGCCGGGGGAGGGGGGAAGGAAAUAAGCGAGGGCUCUAGCUGCCGUCCCUGGGGCAACAUCUCCGACUGAGAUCCUACUGGGGAAGGCGCGUCAGGCACACCAGCCGUGCUCAUGGUUGAGGUGGGGGUGCAGGUUCCCCAGUGUCCCGAGUUGCUAGUUCCAGCUCUCAGUCUGUCUUGGACGCCCAGUAGCGGCAGAGGGCGACACCCCAGGCCUCCAGGAGGGCUAGGAGAGGGCAAAGGCUGGGCGGGGUCGGGGAGAGCCGGAGGGACCCGGCGCGGGUAGCUCCCGGGACCUGCCAGCGGGCGAUCGAGAGCAUCACGGUCCGGGGGAAGCCCUGAGGGCGCGGCUCUAGAGUGCCUCCUCCUCGGACUCUGGCCUCCAGGCCUAGUUAUUUCGGACCCUGAGGCCCGGGACUGGGUCCUGGGUCCGGCACAGGGAGCCUAGUGGGUCUUAGAGCUGCUAUUUUUAGCCCGCGCUGAGGGCGAGAGGGAACUAUUUAUAGAUCAAACAAUCCGCGCUCCCUGCGUCAAUGGAACCCCGCGUGCGUCAUGCGCGCAGACAUUCCAGGCCCCCCCUCCUCGCCCCGCCCCCUCGGGCUCCCCGUCCCCGCGCCUCCCUCUGGCCGCCUCCCGCCGGAACCGCGCCGCCCCCCGCGCCCUUGUAUGGCCAAAGCUCGCCGGGCCGCGUGCGUCAGUGGCGCCCCCGCCCCUCUCCGUGCGUCACGGAGCGCUUAAGAGGAGGGUCUGGCUCGCCCGGGGAGCCCCAGUGGCAGAGGCUGCGAAACUUGGGGGAGUGCGAGAGAAAAGCUGCUGAGUGCACGCGGGACCAGGCUGCGACUCGGGCGCUGGUCCCGAGGAGGGGGAACUGGAGUCGGCCGGAGAUGCCCUGUAUCCAAGCCCAAUAUGGGACACCGGCACCAAGCCCAGGACCGCGUGACCACCUGGCAAGUGAUCCCCUGACUCCUGAGCUCAGCAAGCCCACCAUGGACCUGGCCAGCCCUGAGGCAGCCCCCAUUGCACCAACUGCCCUGCCCAGCUUCAGCACCUUCAUGGACGGCUAUACUGGAGAGUUUGACACCUUCCUCUACCACCUGCCAGGGACAGCCCAGCCAUGCUCCUCGACCUCCUCCUCAGCCUCCUCCACAUCUUCGUCCUCAGCCACCUCUCCCGCCUCUGCUUCCUUCAAACUGGAGGACUUCCAGGUGUACGGCUGCUACCCUGGCACCCUGAGCGGCCCACUUGAUGAGACCCUGUCCUCCAGUGGCUCUGACUACUAUGGCAGUCCCUGCUCAGCCCCGUCACCAUCCACACCCAGCUUCCAGCCACCCCAGCUCUCUCCCUGGGAUGGCUCCUUCAGCCACUUCUCCCCCAGCCAGACUUAUGAAGGCCUCCGGGCAUGGACAGAGCAGCUGCCCAAGGCUUCUGGGCUCCCACAGCCGCCAGCCUUCUUUUCCUUCAGUCCCCCCUCUGGUCCCAACCCUAGUUUGGCCCAAAGCUCCCUGAAGUUGUUCCCAUCGCAGGCCGCCCACCAGCUUGGGGAGGGAGAGAACUACUCCAUGCCAGCAGCCUUCCCAGGCUUGGCACCCACAUCCCCACACCUUGACAGCUCUGGGAUGCUGGAUGCACCUGUAACCUCAGCCAAGGCCCGGAGUGGCGCUACAGGUGGCAGUGAGGGCCGCUGUGCAGUAUGUGGGGACAACGCUUCGUGCCAGCAUUACGGAGUCCGUACCUGUGAGGGCUGCAAGGGCUUCUUCAAG